CAGCUAAGAGCUAUCACUGCAGUGAUGUUGUUUAGCGAAAGCUGGGCGGGAAGGGACGGAAUCCUUCAUUUCGCUAAGCUCAACUUCAGCCACACACCAACUGUUAUUCUUAUUCUAAAAGUUCAAAUCUUUUCGUUUCUUGGAUUUGGGAAAUUCUUUUUUACAAGCUGAGUCACUGGUAUUGUUCUUUGUGUUUUUACAAAAUGAAAAUUUCCAGAUAGUGGCAAUAAAUUAAACUCCAAUUGUAUUGCAACACGGCGCCUUGUGAUUAGGUUCUUGAUCACCAAAACGGUGUCGUCUCGACCAAAACCACCCCUCCCACGCUAUGCGCGUGACCCUAAUCGCCGACCGGUGCCCCUGCAGGUCUUAUUAACAAAGUUUAGAAGCCUUCCACUCUUGUUUGCAGAUACAAUUAAUGCAGUUCUUGAGUUAACAAUAGCAAGAACCCCUUUUCAGCUUUGCCUCUCAAAGAAACAAGGGAAGUUUUUGUUGCAAAAACCAAGGUUUGAAUAUGCUUCACAGUGCACGCAUAGUGUUGUCAGGCCACUCCACCAUCUCAGCUUUUGCCUUCAGACUCUCUAGUCCCUCCAUUAAGACAACCUCGUCACUUGGUUUCCACAUGGAGCAAUCUCCUUCUCUAAAGCUAAAACAGUGUCACCAGCCGCAUCUCGCCUGUCAAGCGACAUCAUUGGAUGAUAAUGAUGCUUCUCUAAGGAAUGACGAACCUCCUGUUCAUGGACUAUCUGAAGUGGUUGUUGGGGUUCUGGGAGGUGGGCAACUUGGUCGAAUGAUGUGUCAAGCUGCUUCCCAGAUGGCCAUUAAAGUCAUGGUUUUGGAUCCGCAAGAAAAUUGCCCUGCUAGUUCUCUCUCUUAUCAUCAUAUGGUUGGAAGCUUUGAUGAAAGCACUAAAGUGGAGGAAUUUGCCAAGAGAUGUGGAGUAUUGACUGUUGAAAUUGAACAUGUUGAUGUUGAUACAUUGGAAAAACUUGAGAAACAGGGAGUUGACUGCCAGCCCAAAGCCUCUACAGUCAGAAUUAUUCAGGAUAAGUAUCAGCAAAAGGUUCACUUCUCCCAGCAUGGGAUUCCACUUCCUGAAUUUAUGAAGAUAGAUGAUCUUGAAGGUGCUAAGAAAGUUGGGAAACUCUUUGGAUAUCCUCUUAUGAUUAAGAGUAGGAGGCUAGCUUAUGAUGGGCGAGGAAAUUUUGUUGCUAAAAGUGAAGAGGAGCUUUCUUCUGCUGUGGAUGCUCUAGGAGGAUUUGAUCGUGGUUUAUAUGCUGAAAAAUGGGCACCUUUUGUCAAGGAACUAGCGGUUAUUGUGGCAAGAGGAAGAGACAAUUCAAUUUCAUGUUAUCCUGUUGUUGAAACUAUUCACAGGGACAAUAUAUGUCACAUAGUUAAGGCUCCGGCUAAUGUAAAAUGGAAGACGAGGGAGCUUGCCACUGAAGUUGCUUUCAAUGCUGUUAAGUCCCUGGAAGGUGCCGGUGUGUUUGCAGUUGAAUUGUUUUUGACUAAGGAUGGAGAGAUUUUAUUAAAUGAAGUAGCUCCUAGACCUCACAAUAGUGGGCAUCACACAAUAGAAUCUUGCCAUACCUCGCAAUAUGAGCAACAUUUGCGGGCUGUUGUUGGUCUUCCUCUUGGUGAUCCAUCAAUGAAAACUCCAGCUGCUAUCAUGUACAACAUAUUAGGUGAAGAAGAGGGGGAACUUGGUUUUCAAUUAGCACAUCAAUUGAUGAAAAGGGCAAUGGCCAUCCCUGGUGCUUCUGUUCAUUGGUAUGAUAAGCCAGAAAUGAGAAAGCAACGGAAGAUGGGCCAUAUAACUAUUGUUGGGUCCUCCCUUAACAAUAUUGAAAGCAAUCUUGCAAUACUGCUGGAAGGGAAAGGCUUACAUGAUAAGACUGCUGUUCCUCCACGUGUGGGGAUCAUAAUGGGUUCUGAUUCAGAUCUGCCUGUUAUGAAAAGUGCUGCUGAAAUCUUGGAGAUGUUUGGUGUGCCUCAUGAGGUACGAAUAGUUUCAGCACACAGGACUCCAGAAUUGAUGUUUUCUUAUGCCUCAUCUGCUCAUGAACGAGGCAUACAAGUCAUUAUUGCUGGUGCUGGUGGUGCAGCUCACUUGCCUGGUAUGGUUGCUGCCCUCACUCCCUUGCCUGUUGUUGGCGUUCCUGUGCGUGCUUCUACCUUGGACGGACUCGAUUCACUCUUGUCAAUCGUCCAGAUGCCAAGAGGUGUUCCAGUUGCCACUGUUGCAGUUAAUAAUGCAACUAACGCUGGAUUGCUGGCAGUGAGGAUGUUGGGUGUUGCCAACGAUAAUCUUCUGUCAAGGAUGAGUCAAUAUCAAGAGGACCAAAAAGAAGCCGUCUUGAGCAAAGGAGAUAAACUAGAAAAACAUGGCUGGGAAUCCUACUUAAAAAAUAGUUAGUUUUCCCCAUAAAUUUAGCCUCAUUUUUGGUCAACUACAAAGUUUUGGUAGAAAAAGAUGUCACAUGGAAGGUGUGGUAUAUCAAUAAGUAGGUUGAGAAACGUUGGAGCUAUAUGUUUUAUUACCUAAAUCUACAGAUCUUCUAUUUUCUAUUGCUAACAUGCAGGAAGAAAGAAGGAAAAGUAUCAGUAUGUAAUAUGGCUGAAAAGUCUUGUAUUCACAUUGAUAUUUACUCUUAUGAAAAUAAGUCCCUGCCAGUGCCUCGAAAUAGAUUUGAACAGCUGGAAAGCAAAUGACGAGCUAAAAUGUACAACUUGUAUUUUAUUUGGUUUGUGAUGCACAAUGUGCCACCACCCUCGUAUAAAUGAGAACAGAUUCUGUU